UUAUCUAGUAAUGUCAACUGGAAAAAAAAGGUGUGACAUGUUUGUCAUUCAUAUAUCAUUUUUUUGCUAACCUAAAAUGUUUAUUCAAAUGACUUGAUUUGCUAUUUUGGAUUCUUUUUUACGGUUACUUUUAUAAAAUUACGAGAUAAAUCCCGUUAGUGACGCGACACGUAACGCUUUACGUUUGCGAAUUGUUGAUGCGUGACAAUUUGAUUAUGAUGAUGACUUUGCGGUAGUCUUCUUACAAUGGAAAACGACCCGAAUAACACUACGGCGGGUCGCGAGACGGGCCGGUGCAUGUCGGUAGCGGCGAUGCAGGCGCUGCACCGGCUGCGCGAGUGCCGGCUGCUGUGCGACGCGAUCGUGCGCGCCGACGACGGCGCCGCGUUCCCCGUCCACCGCGCCAUACUCUCAGCCUGCAGUCCCUACUUUCUGGCUUUGUUCACGACGACACUACACUCCCGCGAGCAGAGCGAUGUGCUCAUAUCCGGCGUCCGCUCCGAGAUCCUGCUCCUCCUCAUCGAGUACGCUUACCUCCGGCGCAUCGACGUCACCGACGGCAACGUCCAUGAGCUCCUCAUGACUGCGGACUUCCUUGCAUUCCUUGGUGUGCUGCAGAUAUGCUGCGAUCAUCUCCGCACCUCGCUUAAUCCCAGGAAUUGCCUCGGGAUCAUGACGUUUGCUAGGCGAGUGUUCUGCUACAAACUGGAAGCCGACGCCCGGAGAUACCUCCUCCGCUACUUCGUGACCGUUUCGGCGCAGAGCGACGAGUUCCUCCACCUGCCUCUCGAGGAGCUUAACUCCAUAAUCCUUGAAGACGAGCUCAACGUGAAGAGUGAGGAGGCAGUGUGGGAGGCCGUGUUGCGCUGGGUCAACUAUGAGCCGGACGUGCGCUGGCAGCACACUGUCAAGUUGAUGGGCAGCAUAAGACUUGGAUUGCUUGAUACUCAAUUUUUCUUGGAGAACGUCAAAGACCACCCGUACGUCACUGGCAACGAGGGUUCCCGACCAAUCAUUAUAGAGACGUUGAAGUUCCUCUACGACCUUGAGAUGAUAGCUCAGCGAGACGGAGAGGUCGCCACGCCCGAAAUCGCCCGUCCACGAGUACCCCACGAAGUAUUGUUUGCCAUUGGAGGGUGGAGCGGUGGUUCACCGACGGCGUUUAUAGAAACCUACGACACCCGCGCCGAUCGCUGGAUAAAGGUAGAAGAAGUGGAUCCCGCUGGUCCCCGCGCAUACCACGGCACAGCUGUUUUAGGAUACUGCAUUUAUGUCAUUGGAGGAUUCGAUGGGAUGGACUAUUUCAACUCGUGCCGAUGCUUUGACGCUGUUACUAAGACCUGGCGUGAGGUGGCACCGAUGAACGCUCGUCGCUGCUACGUAUCCGUGGCCGUGCUCGGGGAGACGAUCUACGCAAUGGGCGGUUAUGACGGUCACCAUCGCCAGAACACGGCGGAGCGUUUCAACCAUCGCACUAACCAGUGGUCGCUGGUGGCCCCAAUGAACGCUCAGCGGUCGGAUGCCAGCGCCGCUGCCCUUGAAAACAAAAUCUACAUAACCGGAGGCUUCAACGGACAGGAGUGCAUGAACACCGUAGAGGUUUACGACCCGGAUACCAACCAGUGGACCAACCUGGCUCCCAUGCGCUCGCGUCGCUCCGGAGUCUCGUGUAUCGCGUACCAUAAUAAGAUAUACGUAAUCGGCGGCUUCAACGGCAUAUCGCGCAUGUGCAGUGGCGAGGUGUACGACCCGGGCACGAACACAUGGUCGCCCGUGCCCGACAUGUACAAUCCUCGCAGCAACUUCGCCAUUGAAGUCAUUGAUGACAUGAUCUUUGCCAUCGGUGGAUUUAACGGCGUUACUACCAUUUACCAUGUGGAGUGCUAUGAUGAGAGGACCAAUGAGUGGUACGAAGCCACGGACAUGAACAUCUACCGCUCAGCGCUGUCAGCCUGCGUGAUCAUGGGGCUGCCCAACGUCUACGACUACAUCCACAAGCACCGCGAGCGGCUGAUGGAGGAGAAACGGCAGAAGAUCCUACUCUCGGAGACCGCGCGCCACGGACAGCUGCGCUCCGCCCUGCCUGAUGUCCACCUAAUGGAAGACAACGACGACAUGUUGGAGCAGCUGGGGCUGAUGGAGAACCAGGCGAACGUGCCGGUGCCCCCGCCACCGCCGCCACCGCCGCAGCUGCAAGACCGCGAGUGACUGCCUCCCGUUAUCCGUACUUGGCUACUUACUACUGUUUGUUACUCGAAGAUAAGCCGCCAGAUCGUUACUAUAUUAUAACACAAAUAAUAUGAAACACUAAAAAUAUUACUAGAGUCAAGUUAAUUAUUACCUUAAAUUACUAUGUAACCGUACUUUAUUUUUAACAUUUACAUUGGUUUUAGCAAUUUUGGCUUAUUUAUAAUGUUGUGAUAUUUUCAUAAUGUGAAUCAUUUCUGUACUAUUGGAAUAUUUUUUGAUAGUUGUACCUACUUAUUAAAAUUUCGGACAAGUAUAUAUAAUAUUGAGAGGUU